GUUCCACCUCCAUAACGGACUUUGCUACCCCCAACAACACCGCAACAAUAACACCGCAACUAUGCAACUACGACAAUAAUAAUAAUGCAACCACAAUAAUAAUACAACCACAACAAUAACACCACAAUAAUAACACCACAACAAUACAACCACACCAAUACAACCACAAUAAUACCACCACAAUAAUAACACCAAAACAAUACAACCACAAUAAUAACACCACAACAAUACAACCACAACAAUACAACCACAAUAAUAACACCACAACAAUACAACCACAACAAUACAACCACAAUAAUAACACCACAAUAAUAACAACACAACCACAAUAAUAACACCACAAUAAUAACAACACAACCACAAUAAUAACACCACAAUAAUAACACAACCACAAUAAUAACACCAUAAUAAUAACAGCACAAUAAUACAACCACGACAAUAACACCACAACCACAAUAAUAACACCACAACACAACCACCACUGACGCCACAACACCGACCAUGCACACUCACUCACACCCCACGCUGCUGCCGCUGCUGCUCGUGCUGCUGCUCGUGCUCGCCCCCCCCACCAGCGUGGCCCCCCCCCCGGCUGCCCCUCCCCGCUGCCCCGCCACGCUGAGCUUCGUGAGCGCCGCCUUCCUCAGCGGCUCCGCCAUGGAGCUGCCCUGCCGCUGCAAGCCCGAGGACGCGCUCCGGGGGGUCACGUGGUUCUACUACAGAGAGCUCCCCGGCUGGUUCUCGUCUCGCCCCGUGGUUCUCUCGGAUCGCUCGGGCACGCGGAUCCUGGACCGCGACGCCAUGAGCGCCGACUUGACGAGCCGCUUCAGCAUUCUCCUCUUCAACCUCGUCAUCCUCGACAGCCGCCCCUCGGACUCUGGUCACUACAUCUGCGGCUCGUCAGACGGAGACUUCUACUUUGCUUACGAGGUGACCCCCCCCCCCCAGGUCGUGGUGCAGUUCACGGGCAGCGCCCGCCUCGUGCUGCUGGACCGGGAGGAGCAACCGCGACCUGAGCUCACGGUGAAGGGUGUGCACAACAAGGUGACGGUGUUCACGGCUUGGAGUGGGUGGACCCCGUGUGACAGGUGUGGGCGGCCCGGGGAGAUGAUCAACGCGGGGGUGUGCAUGGUGUCCGGCAGCGUCAUCACCUCUGCCAAGAAGGGGGCCCCCCGCUAUGUGAGCGAGGUUCCUGGGGGUCCCGUGGGAUGCGGCUCCCUGGCCGCCCCCCGCUUCGCGCUCCUGGCCGCGCGCUCCCGGCCCCCCGAGAUCCUCGUGCGCGGCUGCCGUGACACGUGCGCCUCGACGGGCAGCGCCGUGCAGGACGUCCACGCGGCGCUGCGUGAGCUGAUGGGCCUGGGACCCGUGGGGGUUGCCAAGCUGCAGAACCGCGUGACCCUGGCGAGACACGUGGAGCUCUCGUGCCCCGGGGGCUCCCCACAGUGGAGCGUGUGGAGAGCCGCGGUGGCUGGAUGUCGUGGGUUCGAGUUUGCGUGUUCACUCUCUCCAUGGAUUUUUCUCCAGAGCGCCGUGGGCUGGGACCGGGACGGGCAGCCUCUCCUGCGCUCCGUGUUCUCGAGGACACGGGGUCGCGAGCUCGAGGCCACGGAGUUUGGGCGGGUCACACUGGACAACAACAACCACCUGCACAUCUUGAACGCCAAGCGGCGCGACGCAGGCCGCUACAGCUGCUGGCUCGCCGGGCGGAUGGUGGCAGAGUUGGAGGUGACGGUGACCCCCAAGAACCGGACACGGCGGCGGCUGGACCCGCGCGACCCCGAGCUGAAGGCGGCGCUGGCCGCGCUGUGGCGCCUGUACGCGGCUCUCUGUGCCGUCACGGCGGUGGUGCUGGCGCUGCGCGUGCGAGCCGCCGUCGCCCGCACCGCCUGGAGGGGUUCGCUGGCACCGCCGGCGCGCCGUGGGAAGAGGGGGGCAUUGCACGGGGAGGAGGCCUGAACACCUGGGACCAGCUACAGUGAGAACGGGAACUUUUUUUCCUGCCAAGGGCCAUUUGGAUAUUUAUAACAUCUAGAUUUUAAGCUUUCGUGACUGCAAUGAUUCAUACUCUUAGUUCUUUCGGUAAAGUCACGUAGGUAAAAAAAUUGAAAUUAA